AUGGCUACCUGCUAUGCCUCUCUUAGAUCCCUUCUCCCUCUUGAGUUCAUCAAGGUUAUGAAAUGGGGGAUGAAGGAGCAUAUACAUUUCAUUUGGGCUUUCAAGAAAGCUUCCCACAUCUCACAUGCCAAAGAUUCCUCCAUACAUUCUCAGUAA